AUGAAUAAAAGAUAUCUGCAGAAGGCAACAAAAGGGACAUUUCUUAUAAUAAUAUUUAUUGGAACUCUUUGGGGAAAGUUAUCAGCUGGAGCCAUUCAUCAAAGAGCUCAGCAUGUUAAAACUGGAACAUGUGAAGUUGUGGCUCUUCACAGAUGCUGUAAUAAGAAUAAGAUAGAGGAAAGGUCACAGACUGUGAAGUGUUCAUGUUUCCCAGGACAAGUGGCAGGAACAACAAGAGCUGUUCCAUCUUGUGUUGAUUCAUCAAUAGUGGAGCAGAAAUGGUGGUGUCAAAUGCAUCCUUGUCUUGAUGGAGAGGAAUGCAAAGUCCUUCCAGACCAAAAAGGAUGGAGUUGUGCCUCAGGUAAUAAAGUGAAAACUACAAAGGAGAAAAACAAUUCUUCCCAACCUCAUACAUUGCAAGGAGAAAAAUCCCUGGAUCAAAUUUCCAGUAACUCGAUAGCUGAAAAAGUACAUGUAGAAAUGGAGAUUCACCGUGGUAAAGGAUAA